CCUCUUUGGCAAAGAAACAGACAAAACGAAACGCCCGCCAGCGAUCGAGACCAUGGCCGAUGGGCAGCCGCGCCCGCUCAUUGCGACAUUCAACAUCAAUGGCCUGCGUGCAGUCACAGGUCGCACGGCGCUGACCAGCUUUCUGCGAGAACGGCGUGCUGCUGCUGCUGCUGCUGCUGGAGCGGGGCUGGGUGCGUCGGGAUUGGAUGCGCCAGAUCCGAAACAGACCGGCCUUGGACGACCGGCUUCAUCGCUUGCAGUUGCAGCCAACGGCAGCGAGGCCGUCCAGUCCUUGAACGGCGCGGCGUUGGCGGAAGCGGCGUUGGCGGACGCGCCGACCGACCAGCAUUCACUCGUUGUGCCGCGCACGAACUUGCGUGAAGGCGAGUCUCAGAGCCUCGGCGCCGACGCCGCUGACGCCGCUGAUGCCACUGAUGCCACUGAUGCCAGCGGGGUGCCCGAGUCCAUUGGGGGCGACUCGCUGUCCGAGACAACAGCCAGAUGGCCGGCGCAGCCUCCCAGCAGCGAGUCAAGUUUGAAACAACCGACUCCGACUCUGCCGGCCGCCUCAGCCUCGUCCUCGCCUCCUGGCUUGCUGGGACUCGGGCGCUCGCUCGAUGGAGCACAGGCAUCUGGUUUUGGCCCUGUGCGCUCGCAGCGAUCGUCCUUGUUGUUUCAGCUGCUUGACGCGCUUCAGGCCGACAUUGUGUGCUUUCAAGAGACCAAGCUCACUGCCGCCCAAGUCACGGAAGAGAUGGCACUCGUUGACGGCUAUGAUGCAUUCUUCUCGUUCUCGAUUGCCAAGGAUGGUUACUCAGGCGUCGUUACUUACUGCAAGAAAGGAAUUGCAACUCCCAUUGCGGCGCAAGAUGGAUUGACUGGCCGUCGCGUGGUCAAACCCCCCGAACCUAGUUCGGCCUCCGUCACGUCCGUCCCAUUGCAAACUGGCGAUGUGAUCAAACCGGACGGGCUAUUGCCCGAUUACUCUGAUAUGGAUCCAACAGUCCUGGAUGCUUUGGACUCGGAAGGCCGAUGCGUGGUGACUGACCACGACCGUUUUGUGCUGUUCAAUCUCUACUGUCCUCGCGCCGACUCGGCGGAAGGCGAGCGCAUGACUUUCAAGCAAGAGUUUUAUCGCGUGUUGCAGUUGCGCGUAAACGCACUCCGCACUGCUGGUCGGUGCGUGAUUGUUGCUGGCGAUUUUAAUUUGACUCACAGACGCAUUGAUCAUUGCGAUCCCGAGAACUAUACCACCGAUGAUGGAUCUGUCGACUUUGAAGCCCAUCCUUCUCGACGUUGGAUGGAGUCCUUUCUUGCUGAAGGUCGCGUUGACUGCUUUCGCCAUUUCCACCCGUUGCUGUCGUCGCGUUAUACGUGCUGGCGAGUGGAUACGCGCGCUAGAGAAACAAACUAUGGCACACGGAUUGACUACAUUGUGACCGACCAAGCGCUUUUGCCAGACAUUUCCGGGUGCUACCACCUGACACGCUUUCCUGGAUCCGAUCACUGUCCUGUGGUCAUUACAGCUGCACCAACACUACGGCUUACAAUUCCGCAGCGCAAUCCACCAAAGUUAUGCGCUCGCUACUUGCCCGGAAUGGGCGGCAAGACUGUGCAGCUCACGUCGUUCUACCGCGCCAAGCGGUCCCACCCAGACGCUGAUGAGGAGCCUUCCGACGUUGUCCCGCCUCAACCGCCGCAGCACCUUCAGUCCGUGUCGGCAUUCGCAUCCCAAUCAACGAGACCUGCAUCCCCUCAAGUCCCUCUUCCUCCUCCUCCUCCUCCUCCAAAGCGAGCGCGCUCGUCAUCAACGCCACCGUCCGUUGUUGCACCCACUGGACCCAAGCAAAAGUCGCUGUCUGCCUUCUUUGGAUCUGCCAAAUCCACCUCAGCGGCGCCAGUUGCGUUCAAAGCGUCUCCUCCUCCUCCUUCCGUCAAACCUGAAAAUUCCCUAGUCAGCACUCCAUCAAACGCUUCGAGUCGCAGCUCAUCCUCUUCUCCUUUGCCUGCUGCUCUGAGUGACUGUGGGGCGGACCUCACGCCUAGCGAACUCGCGGCUAUUACCGCCGCAACACAGUCGGCCGCCAAAACGGCUUGGAAGCAAAUGCUGCGUGGCCCAGCCCCACCACCUCGCUGCACUGGCCAUGGCGAGCCAUGCGUCGAGCGCACCGUCAAGAACGGUUCGGCUCAAAACAUUGGGCGCAAGUUCUACGUCUGCGGUCGACCGAAGGGACAUACAAACAAUCCCGAAGCGAGUUGCAACUUUUUCAAGUGGAUUUGAACCUCAUGGAGCAUUCAAAAAAAAGUACAAGUGAGGUAUUAUUUGACUGUGGGUUGUUGAAAAGCAUCAUGACUACGAAUCGCUCUGGUUUGGCUUGUGCUGCUGCUUCGGGUCCAUCAACAUGAGCAAACGAAAUAACCCAGCCGCUUCGCGAACCUUGCUAAACUCGAUGCAGAAGGCUUGCACGGGCACAAAGAUAUCCGCCACAUCCACAAUCUUGUUUCGGAUGAGCGAGUCUAGAAACACGCAAACCUACACCACCAAAAAUUCAUGUCCAAAGCGCAAGUCAAAAGAUUAGACACUCUCG